GCCGCGCCGGGCGUCGGCACGCUCCUCAACCCCGAGCCGGACUUCUUCAUCCUCGGCAUGAAGUCCUACGGCCGCAACUCCGCCUUCCUCAUGCGCGUGGGCUACGAGCAGGUCUCGUUGCUCGUGGACAAGCUCCGGGACCGGGCGCCGCUGCCGCCCUUCGACGCGCCCGCGGCGAAGCCCGACGGGCCCAACGACAACGCCGCGCCCGCCGAGGCGCUCCUCCUGAAAAACGAUGCGAUGACGAUGAUCGCAGCAGCCCUCCGCCGGAUCGCCUGGAGCGUUCUCCUCGCGCGCGGCGGCGCGUGGUGCGAGCGCGACUACGCCGAGCUCCUCGACGACGUCGGCGCCGCGGGCCGCGCGCAGCCGGAUCCGGCGUCGUGGUUCCGCGACGUCGUGCGCCUCGCCAUGCUCGACUUCCUCGACUUCGCCGACGGCGACGGCGGCGCCGACGGCUGCCUCGCGCUGGCCGACCCCUGGGCGCGGCGCGCCUGGUCCCAGAACUCGGCGCUCUACCAGCUCUACGAGAGCUGGCGGAAUCGCGAGGCGGCGCUGACGAUGGCCGAUUUCAUCGUCGCCGCGGCGAACGGCGCGAUGCGCAACGCGUCCGCGGGCGCGCGGGACCCGCCCUUCCGCUUCGGGCGCCGGGACGCCAUGUUCUGCCCCGACGCCGCGGACCGGCUGCCGGCGUCGGGCGCCUGCGGCGAGCUCCGGCGCGUCUUCGUGGACCAGCUCGGGCUCACGUGGACGGACGCGGCGGCCCUGCUCGGCGGCUCCGCGAGCGCGGCGGGCGCCGAGGACUUCUGGGACGCGCUCCUGCGCUCCCCGGAAACCGUCGCGCCGCCGGACCCCAACGCGACGACGGCGCCCUUCGGCUUCUCCGCGUCGGCGCUCGCGGCGCUCUACUACGACGCCGGCGCGAUCGCGGAGCCGUGCUGCGCGACGACGCGCGGCGCCUGCGGCGACCUCGAGCGCUGCGCC